UGGAAGUGCGCAGGAUAUCAAAUUAUAUAACCCACUUGGAGAUGUCAGAAGAGCCAAAGCAAAUGCUUCACGUCCUGCCCCUGAGAAAAAGAGAACAAAGCCGAUGAAGCCUGCAGAGAGUGAACAGCAUCCUUGCAAAGAGCAAAGCAAAAAGCAAAACCCGCACUAUGUACUGCCCCGUCUCUGUGUCCCACCGGCCAUGGGGGAGCAGGCUGAUAACAAAAACCAAAACAAAACAUUCACUCUUCAGAGUCAGUCUUAAGGCACAGAACAUGAUAUCCAGCAUAAACAGAUCACACGACUGGGGAUACAAGCAUCAUGACAUCACCUUGGGACACAUGCUUUAAGAGGACUCUUGGCCAAUGUGCUGAUUUCAUCUUGAGUUCCUUGCAGACCUGUGCCCCAUAACUCCCCCCAUUAACUCACUGCCAUCGCCACAUUUCAUUUCUUUUCUUCUCCUAUCCCAUGUACCCUGAAAUGAUGAAAUGAUAGAAAAGGUGAGGAUGGUGUUGUGAAUUAUUUAGACAGGUGAGAGGUCAUGGCUUUAUCCCAUGAAUAUGCGUUUACAUACAGCAAACAUGAGAGGUUAAAAACUCACUUUGGUCAGUGGCAGAAAGUAGAGCUGUUAAUUAUUAUUUAUUAAUAUUUCUCUACUCAUCUCCAGUGGAUGAGAAGAGAGUGCAGCUUGUCUGCAUGAGUCUUCUCUGGCACAAGUAAUUUGAAAAUUAUUCAAAAAUUAUUGAAAACCUGGAUCAACUGUAUCUUACUAAGUCAAUACCCUUGAAGUUCACUGCCUCCACAUUUUUUGGGGAUUGAUUAUUUAAAGUUUCUUAAAUGCUGAUUAACCACCCUAAAGUGGAUUUCCCUUAGAUCCUUGCCCCUCUUUGCCAUUGCUAUGCAUGCCAGGAAGACUAGGUGCUUAUUUCCAGAAGCACCAUGCCUGACAGAUUUUUUAUCUGGGCUGUUACUAAACUGCACUUUUCACUUGCUGGCCAUCUAAGACAUCUCCUUUUUCACAGCUGUGCCUUUCUCCUUGAGACUGCACAGACUGCAAAAAAUGCACAGCCUAGAUGGAAUGUCUAUUCCUGCCAUGCAUGUUUAUCUCCAUGCCUUUGAUUCCUUCUUUCAGCCACCUUCAGGGUGAGGAACUCUGGCUGGUUAUGGAGUACAUGGACGGAGGCACCCUGGGCGAUGUCAUCAGCAAGACCAACUUGUCUGAAGAUGAGAUGGCAGCCAUCAGUCGGGAGUGCCUGCAAGGACUGGAUUUUCUCCACUCAAACUACGUGAUCCACCGAGAUGUAAAGAGCACCAACAUCCUUCUCAGAACCGACGGCUCUGUCAAGCUGGCUGAUUUUGGCCUCUCUACUCGGCUCACCCCUAAGCAGAGUAGAGGGUGCGUGGUAGCUGGGACUCCUUGGUGGAUGGCGCCUGAAGUGGUGACGCAUCAACCAUAUGGCCCCAAAGUGGACAUAUGGUCUUUUGGAAUUGUGGGAAUUGAAAUGAUAGAUGGAGAACCUCCUUACUGGAACCAAAGUCCUGCCUUGGUUAAACACCUGAUAGCUACAGUAGGGACCCCACAGCUGCGGCAGCCCAAGCUCCUCUCAGCUUGGCUGCAUGACUUCCUGAGCUGCUGCCUGCAGGCAGAUGAGGAGCGGCGCUGGUCUGCCAAGGAGCUCCUGCAGCAUCCAUUUGUAGUAUCAGCCAAGCCAGCAUCCAUCCUGGCACGACUCGUCAUUUCAGUCCAGAAGAGGAGGAAGUAGGAGACAAGAAUGCAACAAUUAUGUCCACAAUCUUAGGAUUGGAAUUAAAUAAAGUUUCAUUGGAAUUAAAUAAAGUAACAUCAACUCA